CAUCUUUGACCUACUCUACUCCCUGUACUUGAAUAACAACACAUCAAACACACUCUCCUCUAAUACAACAAGAAGAUGAAAAACCCAUAAAUUAAACUCAUCUACUUAUUAGGCAUUGAAAAACACAUAACACACACAAAUCCUUUCCUUUUCUCUCACGCCUCUUCACUCUCUCUCAGCAUUUAAACCUCAUCUUAAUUUCCAACUUCGUUUCUUGGGUUUUCCCGAGAAACAAUCAAGAAAAGACCCUAAAAACAGGACACUUCUUUAGGUGCAUGUGAUCGUCAGAGAAAAAUAUAAAGACAGCUUCUUUCUUCUACCUCUCCUUCUUUUUAUCGCCUAUUCAAACAUGAGUUCUUGUUUAGAAGAAAAGCAAAGUAGAAUCUUCGUUACCGGUCCAAUCAUCGUCGGUGCCGGUCCGUCCGGUUUAUCGGUAGCGGCUUGUUUAUCAAACCAAGGCGUGCCAUCGGUUAUACUAGAGAGAACUGAUUGCUUAGCUUCUUUAUGGCAAAAACGUACCUACGACCGUCUUAAGCUCCAUCUACCUAAACACUUCUGCGAGCUUCCUCUUAUGAAGUUCCCUAAAAAUUUCCCAAGAUACCCCUCUAAGCAACAAUUCAUCUCCUACGUUGAGUCUUACGCUGCCCGGUUUAACAUCAAACCAAUCUUUAACCAAACCGUAGAAAAAGCCGAGUUCGAUGUGGCCUCUGGUCUAUGGACGGUGAAGACGAAAGACGGUGUGUAUUCAUCCACGUGGCUCGUGGUGGCAACAGGGGAAAACGCUGAACCGGUGAUACCUGAUAUAUUCGGUUUGAAGAAGUUUACUGGACCGGUUGUUCACACCAGUGCGUACAAAUCCGGUUCGGAGUUUGCAAACCGGAAGGUUUUGGUGGUUGGCUGUGGAAAUUCCGGUAUGGAGGUGUGCUUGGAUCUUUGUAGAUACAGUGCUCUGCCUCAUAUGGUCGUUAGAAACUCGGUACAUGUAUUACCAAGAGAUUUUUUUGGACUAUCGAGUUUUGGAAUAGCAAUGACACUAUUGAAAUGGUUUCCUCUGAAGCUGGUGGACAAUUUGCUGCUGCUUCUUGCUUAUUUUUCGUUGGGCAAUACCGACCGGUUAGGCCUCCGACGACCUAAAACCGGGCCUAUUGAGCUAAAAAAUGUCGGGGGAAAAACUCCGGUUCUUGAUGUUGGCGCCAUAUCUUUGAUACAAUCCGGUCACAUUAGGGUGACGCAAGCGGUGAAAGAAAUAACGAGAAAAGGAGCAAAGUUUGUGGACGGGCAAGAAAUGGAGUUCGACUCGAUAAUACUAGCGACCGGGUAUAAGAGUAAUGUGCCUUACUGGCUCAAGGACAAUAGUUUCUUCACAAAGGAAGGGAUGCCGAAAACGCCGUUUCCAAACGGAUGGAAAGGAGAGAAUGGGCUUUACACGGUGGGUUUCACGAGAAGAGGGCUCUUGGGAACGGCUUUCGACGCCGUCAAGAUCGCGGAGGAUAUAACAGACCAGUGGAUGAAAAUGAAGGGUCCGUUGGGUAGUUGUAAUGUUUGUAAUUCUCAUAUUAUUCACUUUCACUUCAAUAAAUCAUAAUAAAUCAUAAUAAAUCGAUUUUUUCCUUGUACUCCU